CGCAGUGCCACGACGCACGUGUUCGAGUCUGCAGCCUUGGCCGGGGCUGGAGAUUCCUGGAGAUGGAGGCGGAGGUGCAGGCACGGAGUGUCGGGGCUGAGGAAGGCUUCGCCCGGGUCACUCGGAAGCGUGUCCGGCGGGCGAAGAAACGACAGGCUGAGCAGCUGUCCGCAGCUCAGGAGGGCGGGGACGCGGGCCACAUGGACACAGAAGAGGCCCGACCGGCGAAGAGACCCGUCUUUCCGCCCCUCUCCGGGGACGAGCUCCUGAGCGGGAAAGAAGAAACAAGGAAAAUUGCAGUCCCAGCUAACAGAUAUACACCAUUAAAAGAAAACUGGAUGAAGAUAUUUACUCCUAUUGUAGAACAUUUGGGACUUCAGAUUCGCUUUAAUUUGAAAUCAAAGAAUGUAGAAAUCAGGACUUGUAAAGACACCAAGGAUGUUAGUGCUCUGACAAAAGCAGCUGAUUUUGUGAAAGCCUUUAUUCUCGGGUUUCAGGUGGAGGAUGCACUUGCUCUCAUCAGGUUGGAUGACCUCUUCCUAGAGACUUUUGAAAUCACAGAUGUUAAACCCCUAAAAGGAGAUCAUCUGUCGAGGGCAAUAGGAAGAAUCGCCGGCAAAGGUGGAAAAACCAAAUUCACCAUAGAAAAUGUGACGCGGACACGGAUAGUUUUGGCUGAUGUGAAGGUUCAUAUACUUGGCUCUUUCCAAAACAUCAAGAUGGCAAGAACUGCCAUUUGCAACCUCAUCUUGGGAAAUCCUCCAUCAAAGGUAUAUGGCAAUAUUCGAGCUGUGGCUAGCAGAUCAGCAGAUCGAUUCUGAUUUCAAAUCAGAAACUUUUGUCUUUGAACUUUAGAGAAAAAGACUACACCCUACAAGUGGUCACAAGAAACCAAGUGAGGAAUUUGUCACUCGAAGCCACAAUCCUUUCUUCCAUUUUGGCCAAAGCAUAAACAGAAAGGAAAGGUUCAACAGUAUUCACACUCAAGCUUUUAGGAUAAUUUAAAUAUCAGAAUUUAAUUCUAUUAUACUUACACAGUGGGUAAAAAAUGAUAAUUUAUCAUUUUUUUCCAUUUUAAUCACAUGUAGUAGAUUUGUAUCGUUUAUAAUCCUCUCAUUUGGAGAGAAACUUCUUGCUUAAACAGCUUUUCUGUGUGAAUUUAUAAGUUUUUAUUUAUAAAUUUAUAAACAUUUAUUCUUUGUAAUUAAGUCAUCUAAGAAAACCUGUGUGUGAAUCAUGGCCCUUAAUAGUGAGUGGUGUGUGAUUAUUUUAGAAUCAGGUCAUAACCAAUAAUUUUGGCCAUAUCAUGUGAAUCAGAAAGGGCUAAUCUUUGUACUUGUUUUGCAGUUUUAAAAAUAAAGACUGGGCAACCCUGUCAGGUCCCCUCCUGCUAUGGGAGCUUUUCUGUCUUCU